AUGCCGAAGGACGAGGUGCGUCAGCGCUCCUGUCCCGAAAAUCAUUUAUACACUUGCUCAAGCCAUUGGUCGCGUGACCAACUUUUCUGUUUCAGCAUGGCUUUCGCGGCGUUGCAGGUUUCCGUCACGGUGAUCGUGCUCACGGCGCUCAUGUUCAACAUGUUUAGAGGAUCCCAAUCCUCCACUUGGUGGGGCCGAUACCUGGUCUACCCGGCCACAUAUGUGCUGGCAGUCCAGGUGGGUGCCACUCACAUGCUGCCGAUGCUCAUCGCCGGCACUCUGCUGCGUUAUCUCGUGAAUCUGAUGUUCACCGCUCUGUCAAAGUUGGACGCUUUUGCUGAACCGGUGCGCAUCCAUAGGACGAAUCCACCCGCAGAGCAGCACGAGCGCGAGCUGGACUGGGAUGGACCGGUCAUUCUUUCGCCGACUGCCUUUGUCUUGGUCGAUGCUGUGACGCCAUGGCUGAGGACAACGGUGCCACUGAGCUGGUCAAACAUCGCAGUGUGCUUCCUUGCGCAUUAUCUCGUGGUUGAGCCGCUCUAUUACCUUUUUCACCGGUGGCUCCACACCCCCGCAGUGUACAAGGCCUCGCACGUGCAUCACCACAGCUCAGUGGUCACGGAGGCCAUCUCGGGCACUUCGCAUCCCAUGCUGGAGACCCUAGGCACGUGCUGGGUGGGGUUCUACAAGGACCAAGCCCAGUCGAAGCUCUGGGAUCACAGAUUGCCGUUCUGCUUUGCCUUCGCUGCUUGCACAGAUGAUGAGCCAUGCGAAGCCCAAAUAGCUUUGCUCAAGAUCGGGAAUGCGCACUCCGAACAUCCUGACACAGUCUUUCUGAGCCACGGCGAUGACAGGAGUGCACUUCUUCCAAACAGCGAGAGCCCCAAAGGCGUAGUCGCCACAAGGCCCUCUUCUGUGGCACUUCCACAAAAGGUGACGUCGCCCAUUGGUCGUCAAAGCACGACACAAAGCUCGGGGCGCCUUGCCAGAAAGGAGAGCCUGCAACGAUCCUUGCCAUCUGGCAGCGCAGAGCGCGCGUUGCAGCAGCGGCUCCAGCUUCGACUCGGAGCUCGCACAGGGCAAGCCAUGAUGUCUGCAGAAGACUUGCACAAUGCUGUGGUUUCAUUGGGACUCACUCGCUAUACAGAGCAGGACAUGACCGUCUUCUUGAAUCAAUUGGCUGACUACAUUCAACUUCGCUAUGACGAUGCACCAAAUCGAAGCUCAUCCAGCAGGAGCUUAAAGCGAGAGUCUUUCGGCGAGAUCGGCUGGGUGUGGCCUUCGCAAGAGACGGAGCAAUCCCCGGAAGUGUCGGUGUCGCUGUCGAUUCCCUCGUCCUUGCAAGGGCAGCCGAACGCAGCUGCUUUGGACACGCUGAGUGGUGGUGGUGUGGCACCGGUGGAGGCUUUGAUGCGGGUCUUUUUGGCUGAAGACCGUGAUAUUGCUCGACGUAAGAUCUUUGACUCGCGAUGCAGCAAGCAGUACAAGGCCAUGAAGGAGAUCUUGUUGGCCAGCGACACGAAUCGUUUGGUCGCCGAACUCACAUUCGUCCGCAUCAACGACUUAGCCGCGCCGCCGGAGGAGGCACUUCAGCCACUGACAUAUCUCGAGCCACUUGUAGCCAUCAUGAUCUUGGGCAAUGCGGUGGCCAUUGGCUUUCAAUCGGAUCCGGAGUACACAGAUUGGUCUGGGUGGACCACUGUGGAGGCGAUUUUUGCUGGCUGGCUGGUCAUUGAAAUCGUGCUGCGAUCGUGGCUGGUGGGGUGCUUCGCCUACCUGUAUGGGGAGGAGCGCUUGUGGAACUCUUUUGAUGUUUGUGUCGCUAUCAUAGCUGGCCUGGACGUGUUCGUUUAUCGCAUUGGUCUCAACGAGGCCACAGGUUUGUACAGCACCUGGCUCAUCCGCAUUUUCCGACUGAUACGCUUGGUUCGUGUCAUGAGAGUCUUCCGCCUGCGGUUGAUGCGGGAUCUCCGUCUGAUGGUGAAGGGCUUGCUGGCGGGCGUGUGGACGCUAGUCUUGUCCUUCCUCCUCCUUUUUCUGAUUCUGUACGUUGUUGCUGGUUUCGCGACGAUCUUAAUCGGGAACGAUGCAAAACUGCUGGACUUGGGUUUGCAGCCCCAGUUCCGGACAGUGCCGGAUUCGAUGUUCACGGCCUUCCGGUGCUUCACCGGUGACUGUAACUCUGACUCUGGGGCACCCAUCGCAUCGUUGCUGGCUGCAACGUACGGCGUCCCCUUCAUCUUCGGCUUUGUCAGCAGCUACCUUCUCGUUGCCUUGGGCAUUUUUAAUGUCAUCCUCGCUGUUUAUGUUGACAUCACGAUGAAGGCCGCGAAGGAAACUGAGGCGCUCACAGCCGAGCAGCACUUCCGUGAGUCGAUCAGAGUCGCUCGCACAACCCGGGAGCUGCUGAAGCGCUUCGCUGCAGCGCAUCGCUGGCUAGAGCAGCACAAGGAUGAAGACCACGAGGAAAAGACGAUCGACAUACUAGACACGGCGAAGAGCUCACGCUUCAGCGACGAGGACGUGCACGAAGACUUGGCCAUCAACAAGGAGUGCUUCUUGAUGGCGAUCCAAGAUCGGGAGGUGCAGCAUCUAAUGAACCAGUUGGAUCUGCCUCCUGAUCGCGCCAAUCUGUUCGAGAUCAUUGAUGCGGACGACUCGGGGGCUUUGCACAUCGCAGAGCUUGUACAUGGAUUACUGAAAGUGCGCGGCGAGGUGAAGAAAAGCGACACUGUGGCUGCGCUACUCGCAACCAAGGCCGUGCAGGAGAUGGUGCAUGAGAUGCAACAAGAGCAGAAGGCUGACAUGGAAUACCUGUUUCUGGUGCCCGGCUGGUUUGGCUGCUUCUCACCCGCUUUGAUCCCGAUUUACUUUGUGUUCUUCGACAUCAUGAACUGCAUUGGCCACUGCAACUUUGAGUGCAUGCCAACUUGGGCACAGACCGGGCCGCUGAAAUAUUUUGUCUACACGUCCUCGUACCAUUCCCUGCAUCACAGCAAGUACAAGUACAACUACUGCCUCUUCUGUCCGAUUUGGGAUUACCUCGGCGGCACCGUUCAUUCGACGACCGAGUCCCUGCACCAGGAGGUCUUGCACCAGAAGAGCCGACAGCUCGACGUUGUGUUCCUGGCGCACGGCCAUGGCUUGCACUCCAUGUUGCAUCUGCCAUGGCUGUCUCCCUUCUUGGCGUCCCACCAGCACGAGCAGCGAUGGUGGAUGCUUCCACUGCAGCCAUUGACCUUCCUCUGGGUGCUUUUCUGCCGGCACUGCCUGUCAACCGCCUGCGUACAGCGCUAUCACUACCGUAGCACUCAGUGUGCUACCUGGUGCUUGCCUGUGACGGGCCACUUCUACUUCAUGAAGUCGCACAGGAAGCCGAUCUUUGACAUGCUGGUGCAGGCUGUCAAAGACGCAGACGAUGCCGGCGUGAAGUACCUGGGAUUGGCACACCUGAACAAGGCUGAGUUUCUGAACCAAGGAGGCAAAGACCUUUUGCCACUCCUGGGCGAUCGGAAGAUUCGCAUCGUGCAUGGGAACACGCUCACGGCCGCUGCAGUUUGGCAGGCUCUCCAAGAGCACACACAGCCCAAGGAUGAGAUCGUCUUUGCCGGAUCCACCUCGAAGAUUGGAAGAGCUCUGUGCAUUCUCCUGGCACGACGUGGCCACACCGUCAGGAUGAUCACCGGCUGUGAGGAGCGCUUCCAGAAGAUCAAGGGAGAGGCAGGGGAGUUCGGGAAGAACCUUGUAAGGGUCCAGACAUACGAAGAAGGUGUGGGCUGCGGCGUGUGGAUCUUGGGCAAGUGGAUGGAGCCAAAGCGGAUCCAGGCAUUAAUUCCCCCUUCUUCACUGAUCAUCGACUUCGCUGUUCCACACGUCAGCGAGGAGGUGGCAAAGGACUACAGGUACGUCAACGGUGCAGCGUUGAGCUAUAGUUUGAAAGAGACGGACCUGACCUUUUGUCACGACGUGCCAAACACGGUUCCGGCAUGCUUGGCGGCAGCCGUCAUCCAUGCUCGGGAGGACACCCAGAGACACGAACUCGGCGAGGUGGAGGUGGACGAGGUCGAAGGAUGGUGGGACAAGGCUUCCCGCCAUGGCUUUCGCCUGGCCUACCGGGAGCCGAACGGGAAGCGGGCCAAGACCGAGUAG